AGCACCGGGGGCUCGCCGUGCUCCCCCCCCUUCCUCCUCCUCCCCGCGGCCACCGGCAGCCCGGCGGGGGCUCCUCGAGGAUAAAGAGCCUCCUCCCUCGGCGAGAAAAAAAAAAAAAUAAAAUAUUAAGAGGGAGGAGGGAGAAGGGAGCCGCGCACAACAUGGCCACUCUGCUGCGGAAAAUCGGUCUGAUUCGGCUGCACAGCCGCGACACGGAGGACCCCAAGCACCACCACCACCACCACCACCGUGGCAGCAGCGGGCAGCAGGGCUCCUCGCUGCGGGGCCGGGGCGGCCAGAAGAACAGCAGCAACAAGCCCCAGCCGCAGGGCCCCCCCCCCGCCGGCGGCAGCAGCAGCAGCAGCAGCGAGAGCAGCCCCGGGGGCCGCAAGGACAAGAAGGCGGGCGGCAGGGAGAAGCCCCGCGAGGCGGCCAGGGAGCCCCCGGCCGGCAAGGAGGCGGCCCAGCAGCAGCACCACGGGGGCGGCCGGCAUGGCUCCGGCUCGGGCUCCGGCUCCUCCGGCUCCGGGGCCGGCUCCGGGCCGGUGGCGCCGCCGUCGGGGCCCGGCCCGCUGGCACCCGCGGGCCGGCAGCAGCACUGCACGCAGGUGCGGAGCCGCCGGCUGAUGAAGGAGCUGCAGGACAUCGCCCGGCUGAGCGACCGCUUCAUCUCGGUGGAGCUGGUGGACGAGAGCCUCUUCGACUGGAACGUGAAGCUGCACCAGGUGGACAAGGACUCGGUGCUGUGGCAGGACAUGAAGGAGACCAACACGGAGUACAUCCUGCUCAACCUCACCUUCCCCGACAACUUCCCCUUCUCGCCGCCCUUCAUGAGGGUGCUGAGCCCGCGCUUGGAGAACGGCUACGUCCUCGACGGCGGAGCCAUCUGCAUGGAGCUGCUCACCCCCCGCGGCUGGUCCAGCGCCUACACGGUGGAGGCCGUCAUGAGGCAGUUCGCGGCCAGCCUGGUCAAGGGGCAGGGCCGUAUCUGCAGAAAAGCUGGCAAAUCAAAAAAGUCGUUCAGUCGAAAGGAAGCUGAAGCAACGUUUAAGAGUUUGGUGAAGACCCAUGAAAAGUAUGGGUGGGUCACUCCGCCCGUCUCUGAUGGCUGAUGUUAGCAACCUGCACUUGACAAAAAUGCUGAACAAAAGUACUGUGACAUCUCCUCAGUGCUGUACACCGCCCAUCCUUUUCUACUUCAGCUUCAGUUACAUACCAUGAAUGUCAAGGAGACAUCUAAGUUAUUUAUGAACAGAUGUGUUUACA